AUGCCAGUCGUAUCACCAUCUCGGUACACACCAACAUCGUCAACGCUGACUGGGUCUUAUCGAUCUACCCUAACAUCAACUUCUAGUAUUGAUAAGCCGUACUAUAGAAGUUCUAGCGGCACAUAUGUUACUUCCACUCUCCGAAGCAGCUAUGGCGAUAGAACCACAGAAUAUAGGUCAAGAUACAGCGAUGUCGAUGGAAAGAGAGAGAGGAAAACAUCACUCGUGGAAUAUUCUAGAAGUUCUCGAGCACCUAGCGCUACAGACUCAGACAGCGGUAUAUCUAGAUAUAGAUCUGACAGAAGCGAAUCUAGAUCUAGAGAUGUAUCUACAACUAGAAGCGAAAGUUCAAGGAAUGAUAGGGGAAAGAGGAAUGUAAUUAGUACCGCCGCGUUGGCUAUGUCGACAGCGGAAUUGUACAAUAAGUAUAGUCCGGCUAAUUACGUGCCCUUAACGCAAAGAAUACAACAGCAAAGCCAGAAUAAUUAUAGCGAAAUAUCUAGAUCGAAAUCAAUAUCCAAUGAUAUAGGACGGCCACCGGCUCCGGAAUGCAGAGUCAGGAAACCGAGGAACUCAGCGGCGACCAUAUCAGAGAAACCUGAAAGCAGAAGAUACAAGGAAGGAUCUCCCACACCGAGCUACAGCAAGAGAACUUCAAUGACGAACGGUUCAAAAGAUAGCAACGGUAAUGAAGUGCCUUCUGUCAGUGAUAUAAAGAAAAGAUUCGAUUCAAAAAUGACCGUCACAAAACUACCAACCAACGAUAUUAGAUACACUAAAACUAUGGAACACUACCUCAACCAGUUGAAAGAUUGCGAGAACGGUGUCGGUUAUACUAAAACGAAUACCAAAGACGAAAAACCAGUGCCCAUUCACUUGCCAUACUCAGAUAAGAAUGGUGUUAAUAGAUACGAAGGUUCUCCCACCUCUAGGAACUCGAAUUCAGAUCUGACCAUAAGCAAAACACUAUCCGAACCAGUGUCAUUAGCUAAACCAUCUAUAGAUAAAAAUAACAUUAUGUCCGCUUCACUAACUACGAAACUUCCAUCCGAACGACUAGCAAGCAUUAAAUCCCAAUUAGACCCAAACAAUCCUAUAGGAAAAAUAUUAGAAAAAUCAACAGUCAUCCAAGUAGAAAAUGGAGAUGUAGACUACAAUGAACGUAGAAUACGUUAUAGUCCAGAAGUUAAGAUAAAAGAAUUGAAAAAUGACAUCGAAAAACAGACAAAAACUCCAAAACACACUACCAACUUCGCGUCAUACAUACAAAUAUCACAACCAGUAGCAUCUGGCGCUACCCCAAAAAAACAUCUCGAAACCAACGACGAAAAGAAAGAACGGAAAACAAUAAAAUACAUAGACUCAGAAGACGAUAGAUUGGUUCUGGAGAACGAUAUAGAAUCACCAAGCGGAACGGGAUUCGAGAACAAAACAUUCGAGCACGAGAACUUCAUUAAGAAGAGAAUAGAGAAGACUGAUGCAGAAGAUAAAGAAGACGGCAUCAAAUCUAUGGAAACUAGUACUGAAAGCACUAUUAGUGGGUCCACAGAAGACUCCAGCCCGGAAACACCAACCGCAAAAAGAAAUAUCCUCGACUUGAAAGACUACGACUACAUAAAAACGUUAAAAGUGGAAUUUCUGGACUUUAUGCUCGUUUUUGUGGAGCUGUUGGUGCUGGCAUGCAUAGGCACGGGCAUGCUGUCGGCUUUAAAACAUGAGGUGCGGCUGCCGGCGCUGUUACGAGCCGCGGGCAAGGGUCAAACCGAAGAUAGCAUAUGGCAUACAUUACAACCAGUGCGCGCGGCCCAGGCGCGACUGCCCGCUAGAAGACCGGAUUUCUCAUCGGUGACAUUGAUACGGAUGGAGUUGGCCGGUGGUAAGAGCGGUCCCAGCGGUCUGAGACGCAGCCUCGAGAGGGACGUCAGCGAAAAAACUGAAAAGUCCAGCCAGACCAGCGGUCUGAACGGCCUCAGGAACAUCGGGAACACCUGCUUCAUGAACAGCGUGCUACAGUGUCUGUCGAACACCAGGCCGCUGCUAGAGUACCUCAUAGAUGACAAAUACAACGCGGACAUCAACACAACACUGUCAUGUAUGAAAGGAGCGCUCAUUAAAGCGUUCGCCAGCGUUAUAAAGGAGCUAUGGCGCAGUGGUGACAGAGACUGUGUGGUGAACACUACCGCGCUCAAGUCACAGGUUCAGAGGUUCGCGCCCAGGUUCAUGGGCUACAGCCAGCAGGAUGCGCAGGAGUUCCUUCGUUAUCUGCUUGAAGGUCUGCACGAAGACGUGAAUAGGGUCACAGUGAAACCUAAGCCAAUACUCACAGAAAUAGAUGAUAGUCUCAGUGAUUCUGCCAAAGCGGCCGAGGCUUGGAGUAGAUAUUUAAGAACUGAAGAUUCACGUGUGGGGGACAUCUUCGUGGGUCAACUGAAAUCUACAUUGAGAUGUACACACUGCUUACACGAUAGCGUGACCUUUGACCCUUUUUGGGACCUCAGUCUGCCGAUUCCCUCUCGCACUGGGAAUUUGAAGCUACAGCAGUGUUUGCAGCACUUCGUUAGGGAAGAAGAAUUGGAUGGAGAUGAGAAACCAACUUGCUCCAAAUGCGGCGUUCGUCGCAAAUGCCUCAAAUGGUUCACAGUCCACAAGUUCCCUCAAGUAUUGGUGCUACAUCUGAAACGUUUCUCACCUACUGAACGUUUUCGCGGCAAGUUAUCGGUUGUAGUUGAGUUUCCUUUAUCCGGACUCGACAUGUCUCCAUUCGCUGCUUCGCCGACGCACGCCACAUACAACUUGUACGCGGUCAGCAAUCACUCGGGCACAACCUACUCGGGUCACUACACCGCGUACUGCAAACAUCCAUACACCGGUGACUGGCAUGAAUAUAACGACUCCAGAGUGAGUCCCAUCAGGUCCCGGGAUGUUGUUUCAGCAGAGGCUUACGUUCUGUUCUACGAGUUGGCCUCGUAG